UCAAUCUUCAUUUAAACGCAAGGGAGGGACAUAUAUACAUACCACAUUUCACCGUUUUCUCUCAGGAUGAAGAACAUGCAUCAAUCUCCUGGAUUCUUGUGCUAGUAAGGCAUCAAUGGUCAUUUGGGCAUUGUUUACUCCCCUUCCUCCAUGUCCUCCUCUACCCUGUACUUGAAGUCUCCCUCCGCCGCGUCCACCAAAGACCCCAGCAAGGCCACGACCUAUGGGUGUGUUAGAUGCUAGGCCUUUUAGAGGUGAGACAUGUAAGUUUUGUUCUUAAGUUGAUUCCCCUCGUUGUCGUCUCCUUGCCCAGAUCGCGAUACAAUAUUAUUCUCCAUCGUCUUUUACUUGAUUGACAAUCUCGAUCUGCUUCUCUGUUUAAUCAUGUAAGUUCCAAACAUGUUUAAUGUUUCGGCGAAUUAAUUCUUUGGUACAUCUUGUGUGUUUGUGAAACUCAUGGUUGAUCGGAAUAUUUUCAGGAUUUAGGGAUAACAAUAUUUAUUUUAGAGUUAAGGAAAUUAUGUGUGAAUGAAAAUCCCAUUUAUUUUUUUGUCUAUCUCUUUCUACAUCCGAUUGAUAUUGUUUGAUAUUCCUAAUGUGUAAACUGUUGCUUCUGUUUAUUUUACAAUAAUCAGCACCAUAAAAGUUUAAGGAGAAGAUGGACCAGAAACUUGAUGCAACAGAUGAUUUCCUAAAAGCUAAGAGCAAGGAAGCGAUAGCUAAAGAUGUAAGUAAUGGCAGAUGAAACUACAAUAUGUAAGUAAUUGUGACCUUUUUGUGCAGAUUUUAGAUAUGUCUCCUGAGGACUCCAUAGUUUCAGAACCUCCUCAUGUAAGGAAUUGGUUUCCUGAAUAUGUGUUUGAAGUGCAGCCACUAGAUACAAUGAAUGAAAGUCUAUUCUCUGAGUUUGAAAAAAAACAAACUACAACGACUACAGAAUUUGGGAAACAUAAUUCAAAGGUUAAAGAUAUAUAUCAGUUGUAUGUUGCAAAUGCAGACCAUAUGGAUUGCUCGGAUGUUCGAGAAGGAAUAAUCAAGCUAGACCCUUCAACAACAAUUUAUGAAGAUGAAGUCCUUGCACUGAAGAACAGAGUCAAUAUCUAGAAACUGUUGUCGGCAACUUGCAUGAUGUUAUAGCUCGCUUGGUUAGUUCUAAUAGCAAGAGAAAAAUGUAAUGGCUGCUGGAUUGAUUUCUGUUUGUAUUAAUAUCAGUAUACUAAUGACU